AUGUCAACAGAGGCAUUGGACGAAAUGGAUGUUUUAUCUUCGAUAUAUUGCGAAAAAGACGAAUUUGAGUUACUCGAAUCAGCGGAGCGGGGACUCGUAUGCCGCAUAAACACAGUGGCAGAGAGCGGCAGAAAGAAAAUACUACUGAGCGUUACUUUCCAUCUUCCCUCUGACUACCCAAACAGCCCACCAGAUAUCUGCGUUAGCUCUGAAGACCUUUCAAGAAAACAGUGUCAAGAUGUUAAAAACAAUUUAGUCGACAGAGUACGGACACUUGCACCCGGGCCCAUGGUUCACGACCUAGUAAUGUGGCUACAAGAAAAUUUCGAUGACAUAAUUACGACUUCAAGCAGCUCCUCUGUUCAAAACGAACAGGAGGCUGAUGUAGAGGGCACGUGGAUGGCCUUGCUUCAUUUGGAUCAUAUGAGGUCCAAAACUAAAUAUAUUAAACUAAUUGAAAAAUGGACUUCAGAUUUGGAACUCACGGGAAGACUUUAUACUGGAAAGUUGAUACUGAUUCUGCUACAAGGAGCAAGGAGAAAUAUUAAGGAGUACAUUCACCUUCAGAAAACGGUGAAAGUUGAUGUUGAUUCAUCAGGGAAACGCUGCAAAGAGAAAAUGAUGAGUGUCCUUUGUGAAUUGCCACUUUCAGGACAUCUUAAUCAGAUGUCCUCUUUUGAAGUAAAAGAGAUUGCAUCUCCCGAGGAACUGAGAGGGGAGUUUGAAGCUAUUGGCUUGUCACAUCUUUACCAAGAGUUUGUGCCUUCAUUAGUUUAA